AUGAGGUCUGAUACAUAUACUGGCAGCAAAGGAAGAACUUCAUUUGUCUUAAUUGGGUGUGAAAGGAGCGGUAAGUACAAGGGUAGGAAGAAAGAAUUUGUUAGAAAAGACACAGGUACUAGAAAAUGUGGUUGUCCAUUUAAGAUUCGUGGAAAACCAGUGCAUGGAGGUGAAGGUUGGGCGGUGAAGCUGAUAUGUGGGAUUCACAACCAUGAAUUGGCGAAGACCUUAGUUGGACAUCCAUAUGCUGGAAGAUUGACAUAUGUUGAGAAGAAUAUCAUUGUUGAUAUGACGAAGUCGAAUGUGAAACCAAGAAACAUCUUGCUAACGUUGAAGGAGCACAACAGCAGCAGGUGCACCACAAUCAAACAAAUCUACAAUGCAAGAAGUGUUUACCGUUCUUCAAUCAGAGGAGAUGACAGUGAAAUGAAACACCUAAUGAGGCUCCUUGAACACAGUACCUACAAAACAAAUAGGUACAGGCUCCCAUUGCUUGACAUUGUGGGGGUGACACCAACCGGGAUGACUUUCUCUGCUGGGUUUGCAUAUCUAGAGGGUGAGCGCGUGAACAAUCUUGUAUGGGCAUUGGAACGGUUUCACAUAGACAAGAAUGUGAAGGCAAAGUGUAAAUCGCUUGUUGGUCAGAAGAAUGCUUGGGACUACGUAAUGGAUAGCUGGGGUAACCUGGUAGGUUGUCCUUCGGAACAGGAGUUCCCUGAGUACCUUCAAAGGUUUCAAGUAGCGUGUUCCCCGUGA